AUGAAUGGAAUAGUUUUUUUGAUGGUUGAAAAUCGGUGACAGACUGCGAGACUAGAGGCGAAAUUACAUUGCCGACUUCAAGUUGCUUCACUUGCGCGAAAGCAAUGUAGAAGAAGUCAGUGGCCGAAAGUUGCAACAGAGUAGUCGGUGCUUCUUUCACCUAUGGUAUAAUGGACGAUUAAAACAAAUAGGCUUAUUAUCGUGAGCUGGUGAGAGGUAGCGGGCAACGCUACGGUGGUUGGACAAUUCAAGGCUAUUUCGGAACUGGACGUCGAAAAUAAUGCUUUUUGUGUAGCAACAGGUUACUGCUGCAUAUUGGAGUAAACCAUAACAGCGUGUCCUUUUAUCAUAUUGCAGAAUUUACCUUUAGGGGGUAUUUAUUACCUGCGUGAGACCUAUUCUGCACCAGUCAGCCAUUAGCCUAUUCGUUUUUGUUGGGAGACUGAGUCAGCCGUGUGACAGGUUAGUUUAGUCACGAAAGGUUGGAUUUAUUUCAAUGUAUUGUUUUUUAACAGGUUGACUGCAGUGUUCUCAAGCAAGCUUUUCUACAGAGAACGUCUUACACGAGCACGCACGGCGUUCCAAUAUAGAACAACAGUGGUUUUAGGUGAAAUGGAGAGUGAUAAAAUGUCACAUUAAAGUUAAAUACAAACUUGAAGACUAGACCAUCCAAGACCAGACCAUCGGAAUCUUCCAUUCAUUGAGAACAGACAUGAAGAUGACCAACCAUUGGUGAUCUUCUCCCCCUGGGUGUGUUGUUGGUGAGUUUUCAGGAUAAGAACCAAAAAUAGGAGUUAAAUGGUUCCAAACAAGUGGACCAUGAAUUCAGUUCUACAGCACAAGUCACCGCCAAGGAGUUGGCUUGGUCUGCGACUACGACUCAGCGAGAAGCCCGUUCAGGAGGAGGACUGGGUGGUGUGUCAGCACCCUGAAUGCCCCGACCGUCGACGGGCCUCGAAGGUGUGCCACCACUCAGACUGCCAGGACCUGAACAACAAGAGCCCUCUUCACCUGUGUGAGUCAUGUGACUCCCGCUGCCACCUGGAAGACACAGACAACAUGCACUUUGACCGACACCCCCGCUUUGACCUGCAACCCCAAGGUUCCAUCCUGGCCCGGAACGUGUCGACGCGCUCCUGUCCCCCCCCCAUCAGCCCCCCCUCUGACCUGGAGGAGGAGGAGGAGGAGGAAGGGGGCAACAACCGAGGGGAGCGUAAAGCUGGGGGCCUGAAGUUGGUGAAGAAGAAACCACGGCGACGGCACACCGAUGACCCCAGCAAGGAGUGCUUCAGCCUCAAGUUUGAUCUGAACGUGGACAUUGACACAGAGAUCGUCCCCGCUGUGAAAAAGAAGACCCUGAGGGAGGUGCUGGGCCCUGUGUUUGAGCGUAAAGGUAUUGAGUUAUCCCGGGUAGAUCUGUUCCUAGACCAGUCCAACACUCCACUGUCCCUGAACUUUGAGGCCUACCGCUUCGGGGGCCACUAUCUCAAGGUCAAAGCACGGCCGGGUGAUGAGCUGAAGGUGCAGCAGGGAGUGAAGGACCUGCGCUCGCUCAGUCUGCCCAACAUGAAACCCUCCUCUGGGGGUCAGAGCCCCUACAUCCUCACCCCGGGCAGCGAGAGGGUGGAGCACGGCUCCCUGGGACGCAAAGAGAGCAACGUCGACCUGCUGGUCAGUGCAGCCUCUACUACAGGUCAGGCGCGUCGCAGGAAAAACAUGACAGAGUUCCUUGGGGAUGCCAGCAUCCCGUCUCCGGACUCCUUGGCCGGGCUGAGCGGCUCUCUGCCAGGCGUAGGACCUGGACCGGACAGCUGGAAGAACCGUGCAGCCAGCCGCUUCUCAGGCUUCUUCAGCUCCAACGCUGGAGCAGGGGCUUUCGGCAAGGAGGUGGACCGCAUGGAGCAGCUCCAGAAUAAGCUGCAGUCGUACACUCUGUUUGGCCUUCCCAAGGUUCCUCCUCAGCUCUCUUUCCACCAGGACUCCUGGGAAGAGGAAGAAGAGGAGACCAGCUUUGCCCUGGAGGACAGCUGGACACAGCUACUGGACAACCCUGAGACGUUGACCAGACGCCAGUUCCAACAGCAGGAGGCUAUCUGGGAGCUUCUGCACACUGAGGCCACCUACAUCAAGAAACUACGAGUCAUCACUGAUUUGUUCCUGUGUGGGCUGUUGAACCUGCAGGAGAGUGGUCUGCUGACAGAGGUGGAGCCAACGCGUCUCUUCAGUAACAUCCAGGACAUUGUGCGUCUGCACGCUGCCAUGUGGAACCAGGUGAUGCUGCCCGCCCUGGAGAUUGCUCGGCAGGCCAGGACCCUCCUCAACCCUGUUGACCUCCACCAUGGCUUCAGGACCUUUGGCUCCCGGUUCAAGCCCUACAUCCGUUACUGCAUGGAGGAGGAGGCCAGCCUGGAGUAUAUGAGAUCACUACACAGGGACAACGAGCUCUUCAGGAUCUACGUCACGUGGGCUGAGACUCAUAAGCAGUGUAACCGUCUGAAGCUGGCUGACAUGCUGGCCAAGCCCCACCAGAGACUCACCAAGUACCCCCUACUGCUGAAGGCUGUCCUCAAGAAGACUGACGACUCAUCGUCCCGCGACGCCGUCAGCAGCAUGGUGGCGUGUGUAGAGGGCUUCAUCAACAGUGUGGACUCUCAGAUGCGUCAACGGGAGGAACAGCAGAAGCUAGCCACCAUCUCUGGACGCAUCGACUCAUACGAAGCAGUGGAGGGGAGCAGCGAGGAGGUGGAGAAGAUCCUGCGUGAGUUUAACUGCUUUGACCUGAUGGCUCCUAUGAGAGGCACAUCACUAGAGGAGACCAGACAGCUCCAUCUAGAGGGGGCACUGCGCAUGAAGGAGGGCAAAGACAGCAGGAUGGACGUGUACUGCUUCCUCUUCACGGACCUGCUGCUCAUCACCAAGCCAGUGAAGAGGGUUGAGAAGGUCAAGGUGAUCAGACAGCCCCUCCUCAUCCACAAUGUUGUCUGCAAGGAACUCAAGGACCCUGGCUCCUUCAUUCUCAUCUACCUCAAUGAGUUCAAGAGUGCAGUGGCAGCCUACACAUUCCAGGCCAACAGCGCCACCCAGGGGCGGAGCUGGGUAGAUGCCAUCUGCAACGUCCAGAACCAGCUCCUGAGACUGCGGACUGAGGAGGUUCUCAGGCAACAGGUCACCCUACAGCACCGGCUACAUGGAGAGGAGGAGGAAGAGGAGGAGGUAGACGAGAGCAGCAACUCCACCGCCAGCUCUCCCGGCACGAGGCACAAAGACCAGCAGGGACCAAGGCAUUCGGACGGCUCCACAGAGACCCUGUCAGUCAUGGACAUAGGAGAAGACUCAGGAGAGCAGCCAGACCCCUCCGCCCCACACACAGACCCAGGGGGACCCUUAGAGAAAAGCCCAGACUCAGGCAUAGUUACAACACCUACUGGGCCUGAGCCCAUGCACUGCCACACUGCUAGCCCCCAGGACAACCACCCCGACCGGGACCCUGAGCCAGAGAAUGAGGGGGGUCUGGAGGGAGGGGAGGGUGAGCUGGAGCCGCAGUGUCGCUCUCUGUCAAUUGACAGUGCCUAUGGAACGCUCUCCCCAGAGUCCCUACUGAGAGAGCUGGACCUGCAGACACGACCAGGCCAGAGCGAGGGAGAGGAGACUGAAGAGGAGGGAGAGAUGGAGGGCCACGUGGUGGGAGUGAAGUUGGACAAGAAGGUGGAAAUGGAACUGGUAGAGGAGGAGGAAGGAGGAGAGGAGGAGGAUUCAACCUCUGUUUGUUCCCAGCUGUCAGUAGUUCAGUCUCUGAAGCUUCGGCGACGCCCCCCAGUGACGGCCCGCCUCCACUGCCUCCAGAGCCUAAACAUCAAGUCCCGCUCAGAGGACAACCUCCUACAGCUUUUCCACGACAACGCCCCUGUCUCCCAGAUAGACACCCGCAGCCCUACAGCCCAGGACCAAUCAGAACGCAGGCGAGAACGGGCGGAAUGCCUGGCCCACAGUAAGAGCUUAUCAGAACUUGGCCGAGCCCGUGACCUCACAGGGCUGUUUCAGAUUGACCUAGACUCAGAACAGACUGAUGAUGAGGACUUCCUCACCAUGAGCAUGCCCUCUAGUAAGCUAUGUGACACCCUGAGGAGGGCGGAGGCCCGCCAGAGGGCUCUGGCUGCAGCUGAGGCCUGCGAAGGCAGCAGGAGCAGUGGCUUGGCGGUGGCGCCAUCUGGAGGACAGGGAGGGAAGUGCAGUAAGUCGUUGACAACCGGUGGCCCAGAGGAGCAGUCAUUGGCCGAAAGCAGGAAGUCCCCGGCCCAGCAGCACAAGAAGCUGACCCUAGCCCAGCUCUAUAGGAUUCGCACCACCUUAGUGCUCAACUCUACGCUCACCGCAUCGGAGGUGUAACCACUCUGGCAGAUAACCAACCAACUAGUGGCAACCUGACCACGAAGAGGAACCACACUCUGUGGUGUCUGCAUGGAGGGGACUGAAUUCCUUGACACAAAUGCACUCUCUCAAGAUGCCUUUUCCCUUUACAUUGCCUGUUGGACAGUGUCUGCUGCACGGUUUUGCAAUCUGACAAUAAUAAUGUUCUUUAUUGUUUCAGUAUAUUGUGUGGGAUGCGAGGAUAAAGGCAGAGAGACAUUUAACUGCUUGCACUUUGUAACGGACGGACGUAGCGUUGAGGGGAGCCGAGGCUGGGACCUUUGGGUGGACUGGACAGUUACUGGUGUGGGGUAACGGCCUACCCAAUAAAAAGAGACUGAAAGAGGGGUCGUCCAGGCAUAGAUCUACCUGGUUCACUCUGCAAUGAACCGGACUGGAUCAGAGAAGAUGUAGGAAAUGCUUGGGUGGCCCAAACACUCUUAACUCUUAAGUAAUGAAAAAAAAAAAAGGAGCACAGUGCCCGAAAAUACCUGCUCUCUAGAAUGUGGUGAAAAAUACCUACUCUCUAGAAUGUGGUGGAAAAUACCUGCUCUCUAGAAUGUGGUGGAAAAUACCUGCUCUCUAGAAUGUGGUGGAAAAUACCUGCUCUCUAGAAUGUGGUUGAUGAAUUGCAGCACUUAGGAUGUCAUGGUAUUUGUACUAGUCCUGGUUCGCUUUGAUAAAACAAAACAAUACAUGUUGCACAAUGGUAUCUUUGUGUUAAAUAGAAGAAUCACAAAGGGGAUUACUUUACAUUCACAGUGCACACUUUGAAUUUGUUGUGUGUGUGUGUUAUGGGUGUGUCUGUGUUUGAAUAAUACAUUGUUCUAAACUCCUGACUGAACCAAAAAGAUUUCCAUCCUCUGUGAGUAAUACCAACAUACCCAAAGAUGUAAAUACCUGACAAGCCAGUAGAUUUCAAACUAAAGGUUUACCUUCAAGUGUUCAAACAACAUAAUGUAUUAUGUUAUCAACUGCUUUGUGUUUUCAAAUGUACACAGACAACUAUUACUUUUUUUAAAUGGCUGCGUUUAAGAAGAGCAGACAUGGGCUUUGUAUUUUCUACUGGGAUGCUGCAGCCAUUUGUUCAAUGGAUAGUGGUGGUAUGAUUUAACUAUGAGAAGAUGAUGAUCUGGUUUUCCAUUCUCAGAUUAACCCUAGGUUAUUGGGUGGAAUGGAGUUGUUUUAAGGAAACAUUACUGCACUCUAAUGUAGAACGAUGUAAGCAUGUACUCACAACCUGCAGGCUACAUAGAACAAAUACAAGCACACAAGUGCACCAGGUAGAUUAUGGUGAUUGUAAAAGAUCAGUCUACACUAAAAAGUAUUCCAUGUCAUGAUGAGCUUGGAGCACCUUUUGAGACAUUGCAUAUUUUGUGUCUAUUUAAUGUACAGUAACUAAGAAACUGAAAACAAUGGUUUGGGGUUGCAUAUUAUUUGUGAAUCAGUUGUUUUCUUUAAAUGGCUUUCUGUCCACACUAAUAGGAAAAGUGAUUUGGUGGGAGCAUUGACCACCAUAGUAGACUAACAUGGUCUAACUGACAUUCUUAUUGAUGAUUUAAUGAGUUAUCUAAAAACCCUCCUUGUCAAAUGUUUCCCAAACCAAAUAGUUUAACAUUUGUUUACUUCUAGGUUUUGUUUAUUUGUAAUAUUUAUUAAGCUUGCUAUGUUUUAUAUAUAAAAUAUUGUUUAUAUUGUUUGAUUUUAUAACUUGUACAUUUUGUCUGUGUAGUUUUUCAUAUUUUGUUUUUUGUUUUUCAUAUCAGGAAUGAUGAAUCUGCAAUAAACCAAAACCAUUUGUUUUCCCUUUCAGGUAUGUCUCUUAAGUGUCUUACCAAAUAAAAAAUUAUCAUCAAAUCA